AACAACUGUGGGAGAGAAAAAGGAAAGCUUAUAAUGAAGAGAAAGUAUCAAGCUUUAGACAAAAUGCAAAGAUAUUAUUUCCCAAUGAAUGCUGGUGAUGGUGCCAACAGCUACUCCAGAAACUCCCAAUUGCAGAAAGAAGUGUUAGAUGGUGCUAAAAAGAUGAUAAGAGAUGCAAUUGCUGAAAAGCUUGACAUCAAAAGCCUGUUUACAGCUUCAAUAAACACAUUUCGUAUUGUAGACUUGGGAUGUUCAGUUGGACCGAACACUUUCUCAGCUAUGCAACAUAUUAUACAAGCUGUAAAGGACCAAUUCAGUACAGAUUCCAUUAAUAUUGUUCCUGAAUUCCAAGUAUUCUUCAACGAUCAUAUCACCAAUGAUUUCAAUACCCUCUUUCGAUCCCUACCUGCCGAUAGGUCUUAUUUUGCAUCAGGAGUUCCAGGGUCUUUCCACGGCAGGUUAUUUCCCUCAGGAUCGAUCCAUUUUGCACAUUCAUCUUCUGCUAUCCAUUGGUUAUCUAAGUUGCCAGAAGAGUUAUUAGAUGAGAAAUCCCCAGCGUGGAAUAAGGGAUUGAUUCACUAUGUAGAUGCCGCAAAUAUUGCAGUAGUUAACGCUUAUGUUUCUCAGUUCGACAAGGAUAUGGAAGUGUUCUUGAAUGCAAGAGCUGAGGAGAUUGUUCGUGGAGGAAUAAUGGUCCUAGUUUCGCCAUUUUCAGGUUAUCGUCUCCUCAAAUUUUUCGGAUCAAGUCUUAUUGAUAUGGUCAAUGAGGGAAUGGUAGAUGAAUCUCUAGUUGACGCAUUCAAUGUGCCAGUGUAUUUUCCCUCUCCUGAAGACAUGACUAAAGUGGUGGAGAGAAAUGGCUGUUUUAGCAUCGAGAGAAUAGAAUUGACAUAUCCCCAAUCAAAGCUUGUGGAUGAAGCUGAUGCAAAGAGUUUAAUGUCAAACCUAAGGGCUGUUUUGGAAGGUGUUUUUAUCAGUCACUUUGGAAGUAAAAUCGCAGAUGAAGCUUUUGCAAGGACUAUUCUCAAAAGUGAAGACAUCUCUGCAUGGAUGAAAGCUAACUACGAGAAACAAUGCCAAUUAUUUGUCGCUUUGAAGCGUAAAUGAAUUGAUCUGCGGAGGAUCAUUACAAAAUUUGGACCAUUAGAUAUCAUUUUUGAUAGAUUUGUCAUUUUCCUACGGUUCGAGUCAUUUGUCGUUAAAAUACCCAACUGAAGAAGAUGUUUUUAUCACUCUUUUGUUAUAUUUAGAAG